CAAUUCCGCUUGUUUCCUCGGAUAUGCUAUAAAUCCACAAACCUAGCCAUAUUCCAUUCUAGGUCAAGGGUCAAACUUCUCUUUUUCACCUCUCUCUUUCUUAUCAUCGACGUCGAAACCCGGGAAGCAUAGCCAAGAUGGUUCAAAUCAGCGAAGUCAAGGGCAACAAACGCGAUAACCGCACCGCAGCCCAUACGCACAUCAAAGGCUUGGGGCUGAAGUCUGAUGGAUAUGCGGAUACACAGGCUGCUGGCUUUGUCGGCCAGGUUCCUGCACGAGAGUCAUGCGGCGUCGUUGUCGAUCUGAUUCGAGCUCACAAGAUGGCCGGCCGAGGCGUUCUGUUAGCCGGUGGCCCAGGAACCGGAAAGACAGCUCUGGCGCUUGCGAUUAGCCAGGAAUUGGGUACAAAGAUUCCCUUUUGCCCAAUCGUCGGCAGCGAGAUCUACUCGUCCGAAGUCAAGAAGACCGAAGUCUUGAUGGAGAACUUCCGGAGAGCGAUUGGCCUCAAGGUCCGAGAAACGAAGGAGGUCUACGAGGGUGAAGUUACCGAACUUACACCAGAGGAGGCGGAGAACCCAUUGGGUGGCUACGGAAAGACCAUCAGCACGCUGCUGAUUGGAUUGAAGAGUGCCAAGGGUCAGAAGAAGCUUCGGCUGGACCCCAGCAUCUACGAGGCUAUCCAGAAGGAGAGGGUCACUGUUGGCGACGUCAUCUACAUUGAGGCGAACACUGGUGCUUGCAAGAGAGUGGGACGAUCCGAUGCGUAUGCCACCGAGUUCGAUCUCGAGGCCGAAGAAUACGUGCCUAUCCCCAAGGGCGAGGUGCACAAGAAGAAGGAAAUCGUGCAGGAUGUCACAUUGCAUGACCUUGACGUUGCAAACGCCCGGCCGCAGGGUGGCCAGGAUAUCAUGAGCAUGAUGGGCCAACUGAUGAAGCCCAAGAUGACGGAAAUCACCGACAAACUACGUGCCGAGAUCAACAAGGUUGUUGGAAAGUAUAUUGAUCAAGGCGUAGCCGAAUUAGUUCCGGGCGUCCUGUUCAUCGAUGAGGCUCACAUGCUCGAUGUGGAGUGCUUCACCUAUUUAAACCGGGCUCUGGAAUCACAUCUUGCCCCCAUUGUGGUUCUGGCAUCCAACCGUGGAAUGUCCACAAUAAGAGGUACCGACGACGUUGUCGCGGCCCAUGGCAUUCCUCCCGACUUUCUGGCCCGGAUGCUCAUCAUCCCCACCUCCCCAUAUUCGGCAGACGAGAUCAAGAAGAUUGUCAAGCUCCGCGCCACGACAGAGGGUGUAUCUAUUACGGACGCUGCCAUUGACAAAAUUUCCGAGCACGGUGUCCGUGUCAGCUUAAGAUACUGCCUACAACUGCUGACACCCUCAAGCAUUCUUGCCAAGGCGAAUGGCCGUACUCAGAUUGACGUCCAGGAUGUGUCCGAGUGCGAAGAUCUCUUCCUAGACGCCCGCCGUAGCGCCUCGCUACUUGCUAGCGAAGCGGGACGGGGCUAUCUGUAACCUUGAUUUUGAGAAGCUGUAGACGAGCAGGGCUAGAUGGGGUGAAGGGGAGGGAUCUCAUUGUGAAGGAUGACGCUGGGCGGUGUGCCGAUAGCGCCACUGUUUUAUAGGUCACGACGGAUUCAACAGAAAUCCCAGACGCUUGUGUGUUUCUUUUUCUUUUUUUGGCUUGGCUGUUUUCUGCGCGAUGUACGGAGUAUGAGUACGGGGCUAGACAGCCCUGAUAAACUAUUGGGCUUGGAUGAAAGUUUCUGAAAUGGCGGGCGAGCCGUGUUUCUUAGGCGGCCAAUGUAACAAGAUUGUCCUGC